AUGUAUUUGGAAGAAGAACUUUCACCAAGUGUAAACGAUGGAAUGCUUUCUGAAGACGAAACAGAUAUUUUAAUUAUUGAUGAACAAUAUGAAAGUCAACCAAAUUCUAUAAGUGGUAUAUCUUACCAAGAAAAAGUUGUUGUAGUUAAAAGAGCUUUUCGAAAAUUUACAAAGCAAUCAAUUAGUAAAAUUUCAUCAUCAGCAUUGCUUAAGUCAAUUUUUGCUGGUCAACAUAGUGAUUUUACAUUUAAAGUCUUGGUCCCUGAAGCAAUAUUGUAUUUGUUUGCUGAAUUGGAAGGAAUUUUAAGAAAUAAAGCUGAAGUAUUGUUAAGCUCUUACUCUUCACAAAGGACUAAUGAGCUAGUGAAUAAAUUGCCUGAUGAAGAUGAUGCUUUUUCUGCAGAUAAAAAUCUGGUUGCAGGAAGCAAGGAACUUUUGAAUGGUAGUGCUGAUUUUAGUGAAAAUGAAAACAGUUCCAAUAAAGAAUCAUCACAAAUCGCCCAGCCUGUAUUGGAAAAGGAAGAAAAACAACCACAAUACUUUUAUAAUUUUAUUACAUAUUUGACCGAAAAUAUAUAUCCACCUGGUCUUGGAAAAAAUGAUAAACGUACGUUUCGAAGUGUGGCAAAAAAGUAUUGUGUACAAGAUGGUAAGCUCAAGCGAAAAGUAACUGUGUGUGGGAAUUCUGUUUAUGCAGAUGUUAUUAUGGACACGGAGGAAAGACUAAAAAUUUUUACAUUGGAGCAUGACAGUCCUUUAGGAGGACAUAGUGGCCAAACAAAAACAAAAGCCAAAAUUAUGGAAAAGUAUUAUUGGCCUAAUAUCAGCGGAGAUAUUAUAAAAUGGGUAAAACAAUGCAAGCGUUGUCAAACAUCUGGUCAGCUGAUUUCUGUUUCAGAGCCUUUACAUUCAAUAAAGACUACGCGAGUAUGGGAAAUUGUUGGGAUAGAUUUUGCUGGCCCAUUUACAGAAACAUCUAUGGGAAAUAGAUAUUUUAUGAGCUGCACGGAUUUAUUUUCAAAGUGGCCUGUUGCUUAUGCAUUGCCAAAUAAGGAGGCUUUAACGGUAGCCAAGUCAAUAAUUAAGUUAGUAACUACAUUUGGGUUUCCAUCUGUAAUACUUUCUGACAAUGGUUCAGAGUUUUGUAAUGAGUUAAACAACGAAAUGUAUAGGUUGUUAGGAAUAGAGCGAAGAAAAACGGCUGUUUAUCAUCCUCAAACAAAUGGCCAAGAUGAAAACACAAACAAAAAUAUAAAAAGAAAAAUAAGAAAACUAAUUGAUGAAAAUCAGUCCAAUUGGGAUGAAUUUCUUGAUGUAGUCUUGUAUCCACUACGAGUUGAAAGACAAACCUCUACAAAAGUUUCACCAUUUGAGAUUAUGUUUGGGGGUCGCUUACCAGUUUUUAGUAGUGAAUUAAAAGAAGAAAUUAUUGUUUUGGGUCCAACAGAGGAAGAAGUUAUAGUUGAAGUUGAAAAAAAUAGGAACCACGUUGAAAAUUUAACAAAUCUAAUUUCUAAGAACAUCAAAGAUGCUCAAGCAAAACAAAAAAAAUAUUAUGAUGCUAGAGUCCAAAAAAAUUGUAAAGUAUCUGCUGACCCAAUUAUGGUAGGAGAUAAGGUUUUACUUCUGGACAUAAGAGGAAGAAGAAGCAAAGGGGCUGCAUUCAAGCCAAGAUUUAAAGGACCUUAUUAUGUAGCCCAUAUUACAAAAUGUGGGAAUUUUAAACUCAAUGAUUUGAAUAACAUUCCUUUAAAAAGCACUCACAAAAAAUUGCAUAUUAAAAAGUUCAUUGAAAGUUUGGAGAAAGAUAAUGUUUUAGAGAAUACUGUUACAGAACAUUGCAGCAAUGUUGAAAACAUUGAAGUGGUAACAGAUACAAAAAUAAGUUGCCUGAUCGAAGAUUUUAAAGGUGAUAUACUGAUGGAAUAUCUUUGUCAGAUUAAACCUAUUAAAGCUGUAAUGGGUAUCUAUUCCAGUUUGGGUGGUUGUAAGAUAUACGAUUACUCGUUACAUGAUGCUUUAAAUGGCUGUCUAAGCGAUGAAGUUGUUUACGUUUAUCUUAGACUUUUGGCAAGCGAUCAGAAAAAGUAUCGAAUCCAAGUAUUGGCGCCAGCUGGGUUAGUUUCAUUAGAAGAGUUGCCACAGCCAACUGACUUGAUAAGAAGAAAACAUGUGAAUGAGCUCUUUAAGCUUGAUAUUUUAAUAUGCUGUGUUGUUUUGAAUUUUCAUUGGACACUUACAAUUAUCAAACCACGUGAGAAAAUAAUCCUAUAUAUUAACCCUCUUGGUGAAACCAAAGCUUCUAUAUUAAAAGAAGAAAAAAAGUGGAAUAGUUACUUGAUGCAAAGAUACAGUGUUAUAGAGAAAUUCGAGUUAGUGACAUUACCACAUGCGUUACAAACUGACAAUAUAUCAUGUGGAGUAUUUUGUCUGAAGUUUGCUGAAAAUUAUAUAAAUGAAUCAGAGUUGGCGCUUAACUUUCCACUAGAAGAUGUUAUAGAGUUUAGAAAGAAAGUGGUGCAUUUACUUAUGGAAAGAGGAGGUCAGAGAAGAUGGCAAGAUAAACUUUGUCGAAUCUGUGGGAAUGAAAGAGGACCAAGUACACAACAAAUUAAAAAGUCAGAUAAAUGGAUAAAAUGUGCUAACUGCAUUCCAAAUAGAUGGUUUCAUAUGGAAUGCAUUGAUUAUGCAAAAGAAACAAGUGAUUUAUUUACUUGCUCAAACGUUUCUCUUUCUAAUAUAUGUCUGCCAUGAUCAGAGUUGAUUGCAAAACAAUUAAAAACAUUGAUUUUGAAAAGUUGAACUUUUGAAAAACAACGUUGUUUUUGUUUGUUGAUUUUUAAAACCCAGGCAUAUUAACAAAGAACAUUAAAAACAUUUUAUACUUAGAAUAUCAUAUCCCCCCUGUAUAAGAAUCGUUUUCGACAUAAAACUUAGUAAAAUAUGCGAUAUAGUAUCAAUUUUGGUAAUGGGACGUAAAAGCGAAAAGUUUAAAAGCGAAAGAACGUAAGAGCGAAAAGUUUUAAGCGAAAGAACGUUAAAGCGAAAAGUUUAAAAGCGAAAACCAGGAAAUCGAGUAUCGCGAUAAGUUCAACAACAACAAAAACAAUGUUAUUAUUGAAAUUUUUUCUGAUUUUGUUAUUGUUUCAAUGUAAUAUUAUAGAU